AUAAUUGGCUGUUUACCACCUGUGGUGCCAGUGGAUCACAAGGGCCUACUCAGACCCAGUGCAAUGAUGCCUAUAGGAACUCCAAUCUCAGUGUACUGGUAGGAACAGAGGAACAUUUUCCUGGUGUACAGAUGUGGAGAGUUCCUGCAGCCAAUACAUACAGCAUCUCAGGCUAUGGGGCAGCUGGUGGCAAAGGGAAAAACAGUAUGAUGAGAUCACAUGGCGUGAAUGUCGUGGGAAUAUUUACACUUGAGAAGAAUGAUACCUUAUAUAUUUUGGUGGGGCAACAAGGAGAAGAUGCUUGUCCUAGUAUCCAUCAUGCCAUACAGAAAGUCUGCCGCGGAGAGAAUAAUGUGAUUGAAGAUGAAAUUAAAGCCAAUGGAAGCGUCCAAGAAUGGGCAGGAGGAGGAGGUGGAGGAGGAGGUGCAACUUACAUAUUUAAGAUGGAGAAUGGAAAGCCAAUCCCCUUGAUCAUUGCAGCAGGAGGAGGUGGCAGGGCCUACAGGGCCAAAGCCUAUACAUUAAACCAUGAAAGGCUGGAAAAUGAUAUAUCUAUUCCAGGGUUCAAUGGGAAAUCUGGAGCCGCAGGUGGUGGAGGCGGCUGGAAUGAUAACACUUCCUUCCUCUGGUCGGGAAAAUCCUUGCUGGAAGGCGCUACCGGAGGAAAAUCCUGCCCCCAGGCCAUGAAGAAGUGGGGGUGGGAGACAAGAGGGGGUUUCGGAGGGGGUGGAGGGGGGUGCUCCUCAGGUGGAGGAGGCGGAGGAUAUAUAGGUGGCAAUGCAGCAGAACAAAAUGACCCAGAGAUGGAUGGAGAAGAUGGUGUAUCUUUUAUUAAUAGCCAGUAUGGUUCACUCUUUACUCCUGCAUUAAAAGUGACAGAGGGUCAUGGUGAAGUCAGCAUUAAGCUAUAUUUGAACUGUAGUCACUGUGAACAUGACAUGUGCCACGGGGAUAUGAAGACUCAAGAGGUUGUUUGCAUUUGUGGCUAUGGAUAUGUGUUGGCUAAUGAUGGUGUCUCUUGCAUAGAUGAACUGAUCCUGCCCACCAAAAAUCCUCCUCUUUCUUUGGUCUUGUCAGUAGUCACUUCAGCUCUGGUUGCUGGUCUUAUUCUAGCCUUCUCAGGGAUCAUGAUAGUGUAUCGGCGGAAACACCAAGAGCUGCAAGCUGUGCAGAUGGAGUUACAGAGCCCUGAGUAUAAGCUGAGCAAGCUGCGUACCUCCACAAUUAUGACAGACUACAACCCCAAUUACUGCUUUGCAGGAAAAACUACUUCCAUUAGUGACCUCAAAGAGGUGCCCCGGAAAAAUAUUUCUUUGAUCAGGGGUCUAGGCCAUGGAGCUUUUGGGGAAGUGUAUGAAGGUCAGGUGAUUGGGAUCCCCAGUGACCCCACUCCUCUUCAAGUUGCUGUAAAAACAUUGCCAGAAGUUUGCUCAGAGCAAGAUGAGCUUGAUUUCCUGAUGGAAGCUCUUAUAAUAAGCAAGUUCAACCACCAGAAUAUUGUUCGCUGCAUUGGGGUGAGCUUACAGGCUCUGCCUCGCUUUAUUUUGCUGGAGCUCAUGGCUGGAGGAGACUUGAAAUCCUUCCUGAGGGAGACACGGCCAAAACCGACCUAUCCCUCCUCCCUAACCAUGCUGGAUUUGCUUCAUGUAGCUCGUGACAUUGCUUGCGGCUGUCAGUAUUUGGAAGAAAAUCACUUCAUUCACAGAGACAUUGCUGCUCGAAAUUGCCUCCUUACUUGUAAAGGUCCUGGAAGAAUAGCUAAAAUUGGAGAUUUUGGGAUGGCCCGGGACAUAUACAGAGCCAGCUACUACAGAAAAGGAGGGUGUGCAAUGCUGCCUGUCAAAUGGAUGCCACCUGAAGCCUUCAUGGAAGGGAUAUUCACAUCGAAAACAGAUACCUGGUCAUUUGGAGUGUUGCUGUGGGAAAUAUUUUCUCUCGGGUAUAUGCCCUAUCCCAGCAAAAGCAACCAGGAGGUCUUGGAAUUCGUCACAAGUGGGGGAAGGAUGGAUCCACCCAAAAACUGUCCUGGCCCCGUGUACCGAAUAAUGACCCAGUGCUGGCAACACCAGCCAGAAGACAGGCCACACUUUGCCAUUGUGCUGGAGAGGAUUGAAUACUGCACCCAGGACCCUGAUGUCAUCAAUACGGUUCUGCCUGUGGAGUAUGGCCCAUGCAUUGAAGAAGAAGAAAAGGUUCCUGUGCGUCCUGAAGACCCUGAAGCAAUCCCUCCUCUGUUAGUGUUGCCACAGCGAGAUAAAAAGGGCGGUGAACAGCUCCUGCCUUCCCCCUCCUCUCUCCCCUUUGCCAUUCCAGCAGGAAAAGCUCUCAUGAAAGCAGCUGCUGUUGAGCCAAUUACCCAGGCUAACAUCCAGGCUUCUCUAGAAGGGGGACAUGUCAACAUGGCGUACACUCAAUCAAUUCCUGCAACAGAGCUCCACAAAACCCGGGGGUCCAGAAAUAAGCCUACCAAUCUCUGGAACCCAACAUAUGGCUCUUGGUUUUCAGAGAAGCCAGUUGUCCAAAAGACUUCUCAGCUGGAGAAAGAGGCAACAGAGCAGGAAGAUUCAAGGCAUGAAGGCAGCUGUACUUUGGGGCCCAGCAUAAUGGCUGGAAGGCUGCCAAGCUCUUCCCUUCUUCUAGAACCAUCUUCACUGACAGCCAGUGUUAAGGAAGUGCCUCUCUUCAGGCUCCGCCAUUUUCCCUGUGGCAAUGUUAACUAUGGAUACCAACAGCAAGGCCUGCCCUUGGAAACCUCAGCCCCACCUCUGUGCCAGCAGUUACGAGGACCCUCACCUUAGGAACCAGUUCAACCAGCCUCUAGUCUUCUUGACUUUCUUCCCAUGUGACUCGUGAGCCUUGGCACAAACUUCAGUGUCAACCGUAUAGCAAGCACGAGAACAGAACAAAAUUCCCUUCUGUUAUGUGCCAAUCUGCUCUGAAGUGCCAUCACCCUUGAAGCUUAUUUUUUUUAAUCUCUUAAGAAGCUUCAAUUUGUCAGAGCUCCUUUCUAUACACACCCACACAAUCACGCCUAUAAACACACAUAACUCUGAGACAAUAGUCACUAUUACAAGCAAGGCCCUGCUCUCAGUUGCAUAAUAUCACUUGCAUGGUUGUUUGCUAUGCCCUUACCUGCGCACUGCUUCCUCUUAGUUGUUUCUGUGCCAUUUCAAGACUCGCUGGCCAAGUGUGUCAUGUUUAGGGAUUUUCUGUACUGUUUUGGACGUCCUCAUGAUGUCAGAGAAGGUAGGGAAAUGUACUCAUGCCAAAGGCAAAGUCAGAUAACAUGGACUCUGAAAGAGCUCAUACUCAAAUAGCACAACUACUACCACA